AUGGCCAGCGACCAUGUCUCAAACGGCACCAUUGUGCUAAUCCACGGUCUUUGGAUGACCCCGCUUUCCUGGGAAUACUGGAUCGAUCAUCUCAAAAGCAAAGGUUACACAAUUCUUGCCCCAGGUUGGCCAGGUGUCGGCGACCGGACACCACAACAAGUCCGUGAUGACCCAAAGCCGAUGGCUAACAAGAGUAUCGAUGAAAUCUGCGCUCAUUACACAGAUAUUAUCACACGUCUGUCGGAACCUCCUAUAAUCAUCGGCCAUAGCUUUGGCGGGCUAUUUGUUCAGAUACUUCUCUCCCGCGGCCUUGGGUCUGUCGGCAUCGCCAUCUGUCCAGCUAACCCAGCCGGUGUCUUUGCACUGCCUCUCAGCACUGUGAGGGCCACUCUGCCAGUGCUAUCUAAUCCCUUUGACUACGAAAGCACCGUCAAAAUCUCAGAAUCCGAGUUUCGCUAUUGUUUUGGGAAUACGGUGUCCGAAGAAGAGAGCAAAGCUUUGUAUGACCGGUACUCCAUUCCUAGCAUUGCCCAUGUACUCUGGCAAGGUGCCAUUGGUGGUAUCGUGCAUCCAAAGGGAGUAUUGCACGUGGACUUUAACAAAUAUGGCCGCGCGCCAUUACUCCUUAUUUCAGGCUCUCAAGAUCAUGUUGUGCCACCACAAACUGUGCAAAAAGAGCUCAAGGCAUAUCAGAAGGGAAGUGGAUUUGUUGAGUAUAAAGAAUUCGAAGGCCGCUCGCAUGGCAUUGUCAACGAGAAAGGGUGGGAAGAAGUGCUGGAAUACGCUCUGGAGUUUGUGAAGAGGAGCAAGUCUCUAGCUUGA